UUCAUGGUUGCUACCCUUUUUAAGAGCCUGAUCUUACCUUAUCUCCAUAAGCUUUAUAAAGGAAUGUUUACAAAGAAAUUGGGAAAUACUACAAAAAAGAAAGAAAAUUGCUCUAGCCCAAAAGAGCAAGCCACUCCUCUCUCUGGCCAGGCCAAACCCCCUAAAUUUUCUAGCACCUUAAAAAGCACUGUUAAAAAGAUCGCCAAGUGUUCGUCUGCUCGAAACUUGUCCAUCGAAGAAGACGAGGUCAAUAGAGAAUAUUCCCUCUCUCCCACAUUCAGUUACCGUGUGGCGAUUGCUAAUGGACUGCAAAAGAACAUUCUUGUAACAAACAACAGUAAUGAAGAUCUGCUUCAAGAGCUAUCUUCUAUUGAGAGCUCGUACUCAGAAUCAUUAAGUGAGAUCAAGGGCAGCAGUGAAAUCAAGGAGUACUCCUCACACACAAUGCCAGUAAGACGCAACAGAAAGAGCCUGAGCAGCCUGGCUCCCUCUGAAGGAAGCUCAGAUGGGGAGCGCACAUUACAUAGCCUGAAACUAGGCGCCUUACGCAAAUUGAGGAAGUGGAAAAAGAGCCAAGAAUUCGUUUCCUCUGAUUCAGAGUUGAGCACAAUGAAAAAAACAUGGGGACUCCGAAGCAAAUCGUUAGACAGAACUGCGCGUCCCCAGAAAACAAACACUCUCGAACCUGGGUUUAGUUCAUCGGGUUGCAUUAGCCAAACCCAUGAUGUUAUGGAAAUGAUCUUCAAGGAACUUCAGGGAAUAAGCCAGAUUGAAACAGAACUUUCAGAAUUAAGAGGCCAUGUCAAUGCUCUCAAACACUCCAUUGAUGAGAUCUCUAGCAGCGUGGAGGUUGUCCAAAGUGAGAUAGAACAGCUCCGGACAGGCUUUGUCCAGUCCCGAAGGGAAACCAGAGACAUUCAUGAUUACAUUAAACAAAUAAGUCAUACUGGAAGCAAAGCGAGUUUGAGAUUUUUAAAUGUGCCUGAAGAAAGAUUUGAAUAUGUUGAAAAUGUCGUAUACCGGAUUCUCAUAGACAAAAUGGGUUUUUCAGAUGCACCUCAUGCAAUAAAGAUUGAAUUUGCUCAAAGGAUAGGGCAGCAAAGGGAUUGUCCUAAUGCAAAGCCUCGCCCCAUACUUGUAUACUUUGAAACACCUCAACAGAGGGAUUUCAUACUGAAAAAGUCUUAUAAACUUAAAGGAACAGGCAUUGGGGUGUCCACAGAUAUUCUAACCCAUGACAUCAGAGAAAGAAAAGACAGAGGAAUGCCAACCUCCCAGACCUAUGAGAGCAUGGACAUGAAGCUCUCCACUCUUGAGCCCAAAAUCAAAAGGAGCAGUUGGCAGUCACCAGAUGAUAGUGAUAAAGACCUGGAUUCUGAUCUUAAUAAAAACAGUUAUGCUAUGAUAUCAAAGUCAGAGUUUCAAACCAAAGCAAGUGCUCCAAAGUCAAAUGCAAAGUCUCAUAAUGCUAAAAGCAGGAAUAGAACUGCUGACAGCAGCAAAUUUUCAAAUAAAUCAGACUAUGAUGAACAAGCUCCACAGUUCUCCGAAUCUGAUAACUUGGAGAAGGAAUCCAAGGCUUAUUAUGCUGACAUGGCUCCCCUCUGGCACUCACAAAGUGAUUUUCUCACACCCAAACUGAGCCAUUCUGAUUCAGAUUUUUCCAAACUAUGUCAAUCUUAUUCAGAAGAUUUUUCAGAGAAUCAAUUUUUUACCAGGACAAAUGGAAGUUCUCUCUUGUCUUCUUCAGACAGAGAACUUUGGCAGAGGAGACAAGAUGGCACUUCUAAUUGGUAUAGCAGCUCCCAGGACCAGAACUUUAACAGGAAUAUUCAAAAUGACCAAGGUCCCAGUGAAAUAGAGAACACUGAAACAGUGGACAGUGGUGUCAGUAAUGGAGUGGUGUGUGUGUCAGGAGACAGAAGUAAUUACAGUGAUUCCCAGAUAUCUUUACGAGAUGAUCUCUCGCCAUGGAAAGACUGGAAUCAAUCAGAACAAGGUGCCGAUUUGGGUCUUGACUCAUCCACACAGGAAGGUUUUGACUAUGACACCAACAGCUUGUCAGACCCACAGCUGGAUGUUGACAACAAAGAUCUGGAUGACUUAGGAAAGUGCCACAGUGACCUUCCAGAUGACUCAGAGAGCUAUGAUUUUACCUUAGAUGACAAUUCUUCCCCAUGCCCAGGGUUGGAUAAUGAAACACAAGGCCAAUGGGUUGGCCCAUAUGAUACUUAUCAGGAAGCUAAUUCUAAUGAAAUCUACCCAAAUCAAAAUCAACUGCCAAUGCUGUAUCGGAGUCAGAGUGAGCUACCAAGUGAUGCCUCAGAGGAUGCUGCACCCAAGUCAUGGCACAGCAGAUUGAGCAUAGACCUGUCUGAUAAGACAUUUAGUUUUCCAAAGUUCGGGUCUACACUUCAGAGAGCUAAAUCAGCUUUGGAAGUUGUGUGGAAUAAAAGCACUCAGAGUUUAAGUGGUUAUGAAGACAGUGGGUCAUCCUUAAUGGGGCGAUUUAGAACUUUAUCCCAAUCUACUGCAAAUGAGUCAAGUACCACCCUUGAUUCUGAUGUCUACACUGAACCAUAUUAUUACAAAGCAGAGGAUGAAGAAGACUACAGUGAACCUGGAGCUGAACAUGAAACAGAUUAUGUUGAAGUGAUGGAGCAAGUUCUUGCUAAACUAGAGAAUAGAACUAGCAUUCCUGAAAUGGAUGAUAACAUCCAGGAAUAUGAACACCCUUCAUAUGAAACUCCUUAUGAAACACCACAGGAUGAGGGGUAUGAUGGACAGGUGGAUGACCUGAUGAGUGAAGGAGGAAUGGAACCUUUAAAUGGAACAAUAACUGAAAUGGAAGUAAGGGAAGAUGAAAACCAGAAUGUCCCUGAAAAGCCUCCAGAGGAUCCUCCAAAACCCAAGAGGAUUCGGCCUUCUUUUAAAGAAGCCGCCUUAAGGGCAUACAAGAAGCAAAUGGCGGAACUGGAGGAGAAGAUCCUAGCUGGAGAUAGCAGUUCUGUGGAUGAAAAGGCUCGAAUAGUAAGUGGGAGUGGUCUGGAUGCUUCUCAAUUCAGUGCUCUCCAAGCAUUUGGAGGGGCUGGCAGGGGACUCUAUGGUAUUGACAGUAUGCCUGACCUCCGCAGGAAAAAAACCUUGCCUAUUGUUCGAGAUGUGGCCAUGACAUUAGCUGCCCGAAAAUCUGGACUCUCCUUGGCCAUGGUUAUUAGGACAUCUCUAAACAAUGAGGAAUUGAAAAUGCACGUCUUCAAAAAGACCCUGCAAGCAUUGAUCUACCCAAUGUCAUCCACCACUCCUCACAAUUUUGAGGUGUGGACAGCUACCACCCCAACCUACUGCUAUGAAUGUGAAGGUCUACUGUGGGGGAUAGCGAGACAAGGCAUGAAGUGUAUGGAAUGUGGUGUCAAAUGUCAUGAAAAGUGUCAGGACCUUCUCAAUGCUGACUGUUUGCAGAGAGCUGCAGAGAAGAGUUCUAAGCAUGGUGCAGAAGAUAAAACUCAGACCAUCAUUACUGCCAUGAAAGAACGAAUGAAAAUAAGAGAGAGAAAUAGACCAGAAGUGUUUGAAGUUAUUCAGGAAAUGUUCCAGGUUUCCAAAGAAGAUUUUGUACAAUAUACAAAAGCAGCCAAACAGAGUGUAUUGGAUGGGACAUCUAAGUGGUCAGCAAAAAUAACCAUCACAGUGGUUUCUGCCCAAGGCUUACAGGCUAAAGACAAAACAGGAUCAAGUGAUCCAUAUGUUACAGUUCAAGUCGGAAAGAACAAGAGAAGAACCAAAACUAUUUUUGGAAACUUAAAUCCAGUCUGGGAUGAAAAGUUUUAUUUUGAAUGCCAUAAUUCCACCGACCGAAUCAAAGUCAGAGUGUGGGAUGAAGAUGAUGACAUUAAAUCAAGAGUCAAGCAACAUUUCAAAAAGGAAUCAGAUGAUUUUUUGGGACAAACAAUUGUUGAAGUGAGGACACUGAGUGGAGAAAUGGAUGUCUGGUACAACCUAGAGAAACGAACAGAUAAAUCAGCUGUAUCUGGUGCCAUUAGGCUGAAAAUCAAUGUUGAAAUAAAAGGAGAGGAGAAGGUUGCACCAUAUCAUAUACAGUACACAUGUUUACAUGAGAACCUGUUCCAUUACUUGACUGAAGUUAAAUUUAAUGGUGGAGUGAAAAUCCCCGAAGUCAAAGGAGAUGAAGCCUGGAAGGUUUUCUUUGAUGAUGCAUCCCAAGAAAUAGUAGAUGAAUUUGCAAUGCGUUAUGGAGUUGAGUCUAUUUAUCAAGCAAUGACGCACUUUUCAUGUCUGUCUUCCAAGUACAUGUGCCCUGGUGUCCCAGCAGUGAUGAGUACCCUAUUGGCAAACAUAAAUGCUUUUUAUGCCCACCCAACAGUUUCAACUAAUGUACAGGUAUCUGCCUCAGAUCGGUUUGCUGCUACCAACUUUGGUAGAGAAAAGUUCAUAAAACUACUGGAUCAGUUGCACAAUUCUUUGAGGAUUGAUUUAUCAAAGUACAGGGACAACUUCCCUGCCAGCAAUUCAGAGAGACUUCAAGAUCUGAAAUCAACUGUUGACCUGCUAACAAGCAUUACCUUUUUUCGAAUGAAGGUUUUAGAACUCCAAAAUCCACCUAGAGCCAGCACUGUUGUGAAGGAUUGUGUCAGGGCUUGCUUAGAUUCUACAUACAAGUAUAUUUUUGACAACUGCCAUGAACUUUACACACAGCUAAUAGAUCCGAGUAAGAAACAGGACAUUUCUCGGGACGACCAGGGUCCAACCACCAAGAAUUUGGAUUUUUGGACCCAGCUCAUCACUCUGAUGAUUACAAUUAUUGAUGAGGAUAAAACUGCAUACACACCUGUCCUGAAUCAGUUCCCUCAAGAACUAAACAUGGGAAAAGUCAGUGCUGAGAUCAUGUGGACCCUCUUUGCACUGGAUAUUAAGUAUGCACUGGAAGAACAUGAAAAGCAGCGGUUAUGCAAGAGUACCGAUUAUAUGAAUUUGCAUUUCAAAGUAAAAUGGUUUUAUAAUGAAUAUGUGCGAGAGCUCUCUGCCUUCAAAGAUGCUGUUCCUGAAUACUCUUUAUGGUUUGAGCCUUUUGUCAUUCAGUGGCUCGAUGAAAAUGAAGAUGUGUCCAUGGAGUUUCUUCAUGGUGCACUAGGAAGAGACAAAAAAGAUGGAUUCCAGCAGACCUCAGACCAUGCCCUCUUCUCUUGCUCCGUGGUAGAUGUCUUUGCACAGCUUAAUCAGAGCUUCGAGAUUAUCAAGAAAUUGGAGUGCCCUAAUCCUGAAGCAUUAUCCCAUUUAAUGAGAAGAUUUGCAAAGACCAUCAGUAAAGUUCUACUCCAGUAUGCUGCAAUUAUCUCCAAUGAUUUCAGUUCAUAUUGUGAUAAAGAAAAUGUGCCCUGUAUUUUGAUGAACAACAUCCAACAACUGCGGGUCCAGCUGGAAAAAAUGUUUGAAUCCAUGGGAGGAAAAGAGCUAGAUCCUGAAGCUAGUAGUGUUCUCAAAGAACUUCAAGUAAAACUCAACGGGGUCCUGGAUGAACUCAGCGUAACCUAUGGUGAAAGUUUCCAGCUUAUUAUUGAAGAAUGUGUGAAGCAGAUGAGUUUAGAAUUGAAUCAAAUGAAAGGAAAUGGAAGUACCACCUCCAACAAGAACAAUGCAGCUAUGGAUGCAGAAAUUGUACUAAGACCUCUUAUGGACUUCUUGGAUAAAACCUUAAGUCUCUCUGCAAAAAUCUGUGAAAAGACAGUGCUGAAGAGGGUUUUGAAAGAGCUGUGGAAGCUUGUCCUCAACAAAAUAGAAAAGCAGAUUGUUCUUCCUCCUUUGACAGAUCAAACAGGACCCCAAAUGAUUUUCAGUGCAGCUAAAGAUCUUGGACAACUAUCUAAACUGAAGGAUCACAUGAUUCGAGAGGAAGCCAAGGGCCUGACCCUAAGACAGUGUGCUGUCAUGGAAGUAGUCCUGGCCACAAUCAAGCAAUAUUUUCAUGCUGGAGGAAAUGGUCUGAAAAAGAACUUUUUGGAGAAGAGCCCUGAUCUACAGUCUCUUAGAUAUGCUCUCAGUCUUUAUACGCAAACCACUGAUUCCCUGAUAAAGAAAUUCAUAGACACUCAAACCUCUCAGAAUCGCUCUCGCAAUGACUCAGUGGGACAGAUAUCAGUUCAUGUGGACAUCUCAACCAUUCCAGGAACUGGGGACCACAAAGUAACUGUAAAAGUAAUUGCCAUCAAUGAUUUAAACUGGCAAACUACAGCAAUGUUUCGCCCCUUUGUCGAGGUUUUUAUCCUGGGACCCAACCUUGGCGACAAGAAAAGAAAACAAGGUACCAAGACGAAGAGCAACACCUGGUCGCCAAAAUACAAUGAAACUUUCCAGUUUGUCCUGAGUAAUGAAAAUCGCCCAGGGGCCUAUGAGCUUCACCUCUCAGUUAAGGAUUACUGCUUUGCACGGGAAGAUCGAGUUAUAGGAAUGACAGUGAUUCAACUCCAGAAUAUAGUGGAGAAAGGAAGCUCCGGGGCAUGGUAUCCACUGUUGAAAAACAUCUUUAUGGAUGACACUGGCUUGACAAUCCUUAGGAUACUUUCUCAAAGGACCAAUGAUGAUGUGGCUAAAGAAUUUGUAAGACUGAAAUCUGAUACAAGAUCCAUAGAAGAGAUUGCCUGA